AUGUACCUCUACGUGAUGCGCCACGCGCAGAGCGCGAACAACGCGCUCGCGGUGCCGUCCCUCGGCAACCCCGACCGGUCCUCCGAUCCGUCGCUCACGGAGAAGGGCUUCGCGCAGGCGGAGCUGCUCGGCGCGUUCGCGGCGUCCGCGUUCGGCCUCGGCGGCGACGCGAUCGCGAAGCCCGAGCACGCGAUCGCGCGCCUGUUCUCGUCGCCGAUGCGCCGCUGCAUGCUCACCGCGACGCCGGUCGCGAGAGCGCUGAAGAUCCCGAUACGCGUCCGCGGAGACAUCCACGAGCACGGCGGAUGCUUCGACGGAUCGAAAGACGUCGACGGCGGCGUCGUCGGGCUCACGGGGAUGACGAAAGCGCAGCUCGAGGCGGAGUUCCCGGGGUGCGUCGUCCCGGACGAGCUCGCGAACGGGUGGUGGAGCCCGGAGCGAGGCUGCGAGACGGUCGCGCAGGCGUUGGAGCGCGUGAAGGGCGUCGCGGACUGGCUGUGGCGCGAGGCGAAGGCGUGGAAGCCGGAAGACGGCGCGAUCGCGAUCGUGGCGCACGGGAUGUUCAUCGACAUCCUGUGCAAGACGCUGAUGGGGGUGCCGACGCGGACGGGGAAGCAGUCGUCCAUGUUCUGCACGAACAACGCGGGCGUGCACGUGUUUCAGUUCCACGUGGGGGAAGGCGCCGACGCGGAGGGGGGCCCAGGGGAGGGCGCGGGGGAUAUCGCCGGUUUGUUGCGGUUCAACGUCGUGGAGCAGUUCCAGCCGGCGGAGGUGCGGUCGGGCGGGAGCGUCGUCGGUCUGGACGAGUGCUACAUGCACGAGGGGAACGCGUGA